GAUAAAUGUAAAGUUAAAUCGUCCUUUUACUAAGAUAACCUCCUCUUUUCGUGAUGUUUUUGUCAAAUAACUUAAUUUUGCGCACAGUGUUAAUUAUAAAGAAAUAAUAUAUACGUAUCUAGACAUAUACAAUACACAUUGUAUUUUUUAAAUAUUGAUACAAACAAAGGAAAAUAACAAAAUAUUAAUCAUAAUUUUAAAGUUAUUUAGAAAUACAAAUGCUCAAUGUUAAAACAUGGGACCUAAACGAACAGAACAAUCUUAUGACGACGACGAUGAUGAUGAAACUAGUAAAUUACUCCGGACCAUUCCACCUGGAAUCUCAGCAAGAACGCACAGUAUCAGCGGAACACAUAGCACAAUACUUGAACCACCAGAAAAAUACAAAUCAAGAUGGCGGUCUAUACGUGUCAUGUACCUAACAAUGUUCCUCAGCAGCGUAUCAUUUUCAAUAUGCAUGUCGUCGUUGUACCCAUACCUGGAAGUCCUGGACUCAAAGGCCAGUACGAAUUUUCUCGGUUGGGUUGUCGCAGCAUAUAGCGUUGGUCAACUUGUGGCUUCCCCUUUCUUCGGGGCGUGGUCAAAUUGCCGGUCAAAAACGCGGGAACCAAUCGUAGUGUCUCUUAUAUUCAACAUUCUGGCAAAUGUUUUGUACAUGUAUUUAGAAAGUAUUCAUCAACAUGCAAAGAUUUGGCUUAUGAUGGCUCGAGUGUUCAUAGGAUUUGGAGCAGGCAAUGUGGCGGUUGUGAGGUCAUAUGUCUCUGGAGCGACUACAGUAGAUGAGAGAACAUCAGCAAUGGCAAAUAUGUCUGCAUUUCAAGCCAUAGGCUUUAUAAUUGGUCCAUUGAUUCAAACGGCGUUGGUACCAAUUGGAUAUCCGGGUCCUGCACGGACUGAUGCCUUCCACUUUGACAUGUAUACAGCUACAGGGAUGUUCAGUGCCGUCCUUGGUGUUGUGAAUAUUGUCCUACUUAUAGUCGUCUUUAAGGAACACACUGUUACUGAUGAUCAGUUCUCAUAUAAAAAUAUACAAUCUGCAGAGCAUGAAGUACCAGAGGAAACAUCAACAAUGUCGCCGGAUUAUUAUGCUGUUGUCCCAUCAAUCGUGAUUUUCUUCUCCGUUCUCUUUAUAUUUGCCGUGUUUGAAACUAUUGCGACGCCUAUGUCUAUGCAUAUGUUUGCCUGGAAGAAAUCAGAAGCCACUUUGUACAUUGGAGUGAUGCUUGGGGUGUCCGGAAUUGUGUCCAUUUUUGUAUUUGCUGUCGUUAAAAUAGUCUCACAAAGAGUGAAUGAACGUUAUUUGCUUCUAUUCGGCUUUAUAAUGUGUCUUAUUGGAUUUGUGACUUAUUUGCCCUGGGGUCAUCACUACCCAGAUAUACAAUAUGCUGAAAUGGAAAUUGCAGAAAUAAAAAUUAACGACAGUGUGAUCAACGACACAGUUGUUGUAGAUUAUGAAGAUGCAUCCGCUUACAACAAUAUAUUUGUAUUUUCGCGAGUGCCGCAUCAAACAAAUUUCAGCUUAUCUGGUGAAGAAGUGGGAGGAUUUGCUAAAAUUGAACCUGAUCAGGCAGCUUCAUAUGUACAAAGGAAUGUGAAUUCAUUUACCAUAAGAAAUAGUCAAGAGAAUAGCUUUGUAGGGGAUAAACACAGACUUGGUGAGAUAAUGUUUAGUAAUGUAGAAGAUGCCAUUUUACCAGAAGAGAUAACAUUUAAGCCGGAAAGAUCGUCAAAUCAUUCUAACCAAGAAGCAGUCGGAUGUCCCUACUAUUAUGAGUGGUGCAUGACUACACCAGCUGUAUUUUUAUGGCAAUUUUUGUUAGGUACAUUUUUCAUUGCUGUGGGUUACCCAAUAUGUAAUGUGAUGUCGUAUAGUAUAUAUUCAAAGAUCCUCGGACCAAAACCUCAGGGUAUCUGGAUGGGAUGGCUAACGGCUGCAGGCAGCCUUGCUCGAACUCUCGGUCCUGUCUUUGUCAGUCAAGUUUACGAUGCUUAUGGCCCAAGGGUUACAUUCUCAUCCUUAAUCUGCAUAACAGCUCUCACAAUAGUUGGAUUUGGAAUCUUUUUCAAAAGACUUGUGCCUUUUAAAUUGAAGCAACCCGCUAUUAUAGUGAAUGAACCUUGAAGCACAUGGUGUUAAAUAUGUUGAUAAACAAUGCUCAAGUACGUAGACGUUGGGAAUAGUGUAUUUAUAGUUAUCAUUUAUUGUACUUGGCCGAGACUGGAGGCCUUAUUUAUUAUUAUACAUAUAGUGAUUUAUGAAAAAAAUUCAUUUUAUUUGUUGUUGUAAGCAUGCUUCACGCUUCACGCUUAUUCUGUGCAAUAUGAUUAAAACACAUCCUACAUAACAUUCUAUGAAUGGAUUUCGCGUGUUACAUACAGUGUCAGUCUUCGUAUUUCGGCAAUUUCGGCAAUUGACUUUUUACAUAAAAUUAAUGUAUAAUAUAUAAACUGCGUCGAAUGAUGAGUUAUUUAAAGAUACGUAUUAUAAAACAAAAUCUUUCACAUAAAAAUGUUCCUUUACUAAAAGUAUCGUGGACAUUAUCACUGGAGCAUAUUUAUAUUGUUAAACCUUAUAACCUUGUUGGCAUCAUUUAAAAUUGUUUCUGGAAACCAUAUAUGGCUGACUCACUCCGGGAGACUAAUAGUAACUGGUUUUAUAACUUUUAUUUCUUUAUUUUUACGAGCCAAAGAUACAGAAACUAUUCUUGCAUAUCAGACUGGUGUUUCCGUUAGUUUUACCCAUGCCUGCAUAGGGAGUGCCAGAUGAGUCGCGUGCUAUACAAUGGCAUGCUGCGUAUGACGUAAUUUCGCCCUGUAAUGUCAUACAGUAUGCUGUUGGAAGAAAAUAGUUACGGGUGUAAUGACAUAAAUUUAUUAAGUUAAGAAUUUAAAAUACAUGUAUAAUUAUGUAUGAUGGAAUAUGAAAAAAUAUCUGACAU